GUGGACGGGAGCAUCAUCGCUGGAGACAGAGUUGAGCUCAGAGCAUCAAGAUGGCCUCCGCGGUGCUGCUUCUGCUGCAGCUGCUGCUGCUCACCUCCCUGGUGUCGGCGUCUCAUCACUGGGGAGGAACCACCAGCUUCACCUACAAAGGAAGAAACCCUGAUGGGACAGUUAAGAUGUCCCUCCGAACCAGAGAUACUUAUGAUGCCUGUUAUUAUUACCACUACUGGUAUUGUUACGGUAGCAACUGUGGCUAUGCAAACACUCGAGUCAGAAGUCAAAUUGACACAAGCACCAAUACUCCAUCCUACGAAAACAGUUGGUGCGAAACAGAAACUGUUGAGACAUGGACCCUCCCCAGUGACAAACCCUUCAAUCUCAGGGCAUCUAGCUGCUGCUGGAUCUCAACACGUAACUCGGUUAGUAACUGGAACUUCGAUUCCCACAUGGAUUUCGGAACGAGGUCGGACACAAGACAACCAAAUAAAUCACCCGAUAUUGCCAUUGUCCCCUUCUUAAGAGUUCCUCAGAACUGCCCCAGAACGUACAGGCUGGCUGCCUUUGACCCUGAUGGUGACCGAGUCCGCUGCAGGUAUGGGAAUCAGCAAGGAUACGAGUGUGACAACUGCCAUCUCCCUUCAGGCUUCCAGCUUGACCAGGAUUCUUGCACUUUACAUUACCAGUAUACCAAUUCCGACUACAGAAUCUUUGGUUUUGAGAUGGUGGUAGAAGAUUACGCACAAGGCACUAUUGAUUUGUUCUACUCUGAUGGAUCAAGUGUUCGCAAGUAUCCACUGCCUUCAAGGAUGAAGAGACAAGCCUACAACUCAUGGUGGUGGCAGACCACCACUGCACCAACUACAACAAGCAACCCAUGGUGGUGGUGGCAGACUACCCCUGCACCAACAACUACAACUACAACUACACCUACAACAAGCAACCCAUGGUGGUGGUGGCAGACUACCCCUGCACCAACAACUACAACUACACCUACAACAAGCAACCCAUGGUGGUGGUGGCAGACCACCACUGCACCAACUACAACAAGCAACCCAUGGUGGUGGUGGCAGACCACCACUGUUCCCACAACUAGACAAAGUGUGAGCAGUACUCCCCUUAGUAAGCAACCUCUGCAGUUCUCUUUUCUAGUGGACCCGCCCGUUCCCUCAUGUCAGGAGGGUCUCUACCUGCCUAAAUUUGUGGCUCCGACACCUUCACAUGGAGCACGGAUCACGGCUGAGGUCAACAAAGAGGUGGAGAUCAGAGUCAAGGCAACUGCAGCAUAUUCAUCAAUCCAAAACAUCAUCUUCAGUGGGCCAACAAACGUCACCAAGCACAGGGACACGAAUAACGACUUUGUCAUCAGGUGGACACCAGCAGAAGACGACCUGGGAGAACAAUACCCAAUCUGCUUUGUGGUGGAAUCAGUGAGCGGGUCCUCUGCCUAUCAGUCUGAGAUGAGGUGUGUUCUGGUGGAAAUCCAAAGGCAUCAAAUUGAAGCCACAGUGACCUGCACCGAAUCCACAAUGAAGGUUGAGGUUGACAAAACUUCCUUCUUUGGACUCACCGAGGAUCAUCUUCGCCUCAGUGACCCCAGCAACACCAUCUGCAGCCUUCGGAGGCACUCCAACAGCUCUCACAUCGUCGCCAUCAUUCCCCUCAACGAAUGUGGGACUCAGAUCGAGGAAGACGACGACUACCUCAUUUUCAAGAAUGAGAUCACGACGGGCAGUGAUGACCCAAAUGCUCUGAUCACCAGGAAGCACCUGGUGGAGGCCCGGUUCUACUGCCAGUACCCCAAACGGGGGAAUGUGACGCUGAACUUCAAAGUGCACAGAAAGAACGUCACGGUGUGGGAGAAAGGCUUCGGCACCUUCACAUACCAGUUUGAGUUCUACCAAAGCAAUCAGUUCCGGGCCAUGUUCAGUCCAAACUCAUACCCGCUGGAGUACAACGUUGGAGACAGGAUCUACAUGCAGCUGGACGCCAGCUCCUCUGUCAACAACACCGAGAUGUUUGUGGAGUCCUGCAGAGCUUCACCGUAUGACAACCCCAGCUACCAUCCAACCUACUCCAUCAUUGAGAACGGGUGCAAUGUUGACCCGACUCUGCAGAUCCACUCCACCCCCAACGACAGGGAGUUCAGGUUCAGCAUUGAGGCCUUCAAGUUCAUUGGGCUGCAUGAUCAGGUGUACAUCAGCUGCACCGUCAUGAUGUGUGAAGCAGGAAACCCCAACACCAGGUGCUCAAGGGGAUGCAGCAACUCCACGAUGCACAACUUCCGCAACAAGAGAGAGGCUGUGAUCGAGAGCGGAAAGCACUUCGUUUCCCAGGGUCCUUUGCGUCUGAAGCGUGAAGCGGACCCCAGAGGAGGCUCAGCUGUCAACCUGAACCUGAACCUGGUGUUUGUGGCUGGAUGUCUCCUUGCUGCUGUUGGGAUGGUCUGCGGCGUCAUCAUCUACAAAACCAAAACCUCCAGGGUCAAAUACCAACCUCUGCCUGCAUAUGAGAGCUAGAACUGGAACAUUGUUGCUGUAAUGUGAGAUCUUGGGUGUUUCUGAAGUAAUGCAAUUUUAUAAACUAAUGUAGACGCAAACAGCUGAAUAAAUUACCAGUUAUGUUGUUUUAUGCUGAAGAGAAAGAUCCAACUGGAAAUAUAAAGUUCCUAUUAAGCAAAACUGGAAGAAAGUUCUUCACUUGGUACUGCAGUUGCUGAGUUACUGUUCUGUCAUGAAAAUAUGUUUCCUCCUGCUCUGUAAUGCACUAUAUGAUGAAGGUAGCACAGAUUAAAUGUUUGUUUUAAUUAGUCAGUUUUGAACUAAGUUGCCUCAGUUAUAUAUUACUUUUUAAAAAAUUAUUUCUAACUUUUUAUGUUAUUUCUUUUGUUUAAGGGUGGAUUUGGUAUUUCUAAAUGGCUCAAUAAAAAGACUCUUAAAAGAUG